AUGGCCAUCAACUUCGACCCCGAUAUCGUACCCAAUCUGAAGCUUGGUCUUCACUCCUUCCAGAUCAUCUUCUCCUUUGUCGCAUGGUGCUUGCAGAUUGGAGUGCUCAACGCCAAAAAUGCCAAGGUGACUGGAAAGAAUGGAUGGACGUUUGCAGUGUGCUUCCUCUCGGUGCCAGCCUGGAUCUUCCUCAUCAUGACCCCCCGAUGGGAACGCACCCGCCGGUUCGCCCAGCCGCAUGCUAUGCUCGCUGUCGACGCCCUCUUCACCGUCAUGUGGCUGUCAGCAUUUGCUACUCAGGCCUCCUACAACGCUGAGGGUUCUUGUGGCAAGGCUUGCGGCAUAAGCAAGGGUAUUGUUGGUCUUGGCGUCUUGACCACUCUUCUCUUUGCCGCCACAACCUUUGUCUCGGCCUUUACUCUCAACUACUACCAGAACAACAACGUUCUGCCCGGCUACGACAACCGCCAGAUCCGGGGCGGAGACAACAUCGACCCCGACAAGGCCGCCUUCUCCAUGGCGCCCCACGAUGACGAGGCCUACGAGCGGGUCAACAUGGAGGAUAACGAGCCCACAGGCAACCCCUACGGCGGAUACAACGGCAGCUACAACAGCACCACCCGCUAUGGUGACAACAACACCAACCCCUACAGUGCUGAGGAUGAGGAUCCUGCCCGCUACGGCUCCACGCCAGGCCGGACCAACACCCUCUUUGAUAACGACACCGAGUACCACUCGAGCGGCGCUCAGUACGGCAGCAACCCUACAAGCGGCGGCUACGACGAUCACCCUGCCCACUUCCCAGCCGGCAACUAUGACCGAACACACUAA